GCAGCUUGGGAAAGAAGGGAGGGGCAGUGUCCUGGCAGCCCCCUUCAUGGGCAGGGCUGGAACUGACUGCUGGCUAGCUGGGACCUCCCUCUGCCUCUGGCUGAAGGGACCAUGGAAUAGGAGGAGCAGGCUGGGGGCCUGGCUGUCCCAUCCCCCACCCCUGCCACGACUGGCACGUGGCAGCUCCCCAGGCCAGCAGCUUUGGCAAUGGGCACAGUCUGAAGAGGAAGGAGGUGCCUCUGGCAGGUGUGUGGUGUCUUAAGGAGGAGGCACUGCCUGGCCUUGCAGAACCUCGCCUGGGUCCAUAUCAUGCUGACUUUCCCUUGCUAGGACCCUCUCAGGAGCUUCUGGAAAACUAAGGACAAUCUAGGCUAAAGGUACAGAAGCCCUAAGUCGCCAUGGCGUCACUGAGCCGAGCCCUACGUGUAGCUGCCACCUGUCCUCAAGGGAGACCUGCUCGGAACCUGGGGCUACAGCCCCUAGCCAGGGAGGCCAGGCCCUCCACCGAGAAGAGUGUUCCGUACCAGCGGACCCUGAAGGAGGAGACACGAGGUUCCUCGGUGCUGCGCCAAGGACCAAGCCAGCCUCUGCCCAGCACAGCUGAUGUUGUGGUCAUUGGCGGAGGCAGCUUGGGCUGCCAGACCCUGUACCACUUGGCCAAGCUGGGUGCGGGCCGAGCAGUGCUGUUGGAGAGAGAGCGACUGACCUCUGGGACCACCUGGCACACAGCAGGCUUAUUGUGGCAGCUGCGGCCCAGUGACGUGGAGGUGGAGCUUCUGGCCCACACGCGGCGAGUGGUGAGCCGUGAUCUGGAGGAGGAGACUGGGAUGCAUACAGGCUGGAUCCAGAAUGGUGGUCUCUUCAUUGCGUCUAACCGCCAGCGCCUGGAUGAGUACAAGAGGCUUAUGUCGCUAGGUAAGGCCUAUGGCGUAGAGUCCCAUGUGCUGAGCCCAGCGGAGACCAAGGAUCUGUAUCCACUGAUGAAUGUGGAUGACCUCUAUGGGACGCUGUAUGUGCCACAGGAUGGUACCAUGGACCCUGCUGGCACCUGCACUACCCUCACCCGGGCAGCAGUGGCUCGAGGAGCUCAGGUCAUUGAAAACUGCCCGGUGACUGGCAUUCGUGUGAGGACGGAUGACUUUGGAGUGCGGCGGGUGGCAGCAGUGGAGACAGAGCAUGGCUCCAUCCAGACACCCUGCGUGGUCAACUGUGCAGGAGUGUGGGCGAGCGCUGUGGGCCAGAUGGCUGGAGUGAAGGUCCCGCUGGUGGCCAUGCACCAUGCCUAUGUUGUCACUGAGCGCAUUGAGGGGAUUCAGAACAUGCCCAAUGUCCGAGAUCACGAUGCUUCUGUCUACCUCCGCCUGCAGGGGGAUGCCUUGUCUGUGGGUGGCUAUGAGGCCAACCCCAUCUUUUGGGAGAAGGUGUCAGACAAGUUUGCCUUUGGCCUCUUCGACCUGGACUGGGAUGUGUUCACCCAGCACAUUGAAGGUGCCAUUAACCGUGUCCCUGUGCUGGAGAAGACGGGGAUCAAGUCCACUGUCUGUGGCCCUGAAUCCUUCACACCUGACCACAAGCCCCUGAUGGGGGAGGCUCCUGAGCUCCGCGGAUUCUUCCUUGGCUGUGGCUUCAACAGUGCAGGCAUGAUGCUGGGUGGUGGCUGUGGGCACGAGCUGGCCAACUGGAUUGUGCACGGGCGCCCAGAGAAGGACAUGUACAGCUAUGACAUCAGGCGUUUCCAUCACUCGCUCACAGACCACCCUCGCUGGAUCCGAGAGCGCAGCCACGAGUCCUACGCAAAGAACUACUCAGUCGUCUUCCCCCACGAUGAGCCUCUGGCAGGACGCAACAUGAGGAAAGACUCCCUGCACGAGGAGCUACUUGGACGAGGCUGCGUGUUCCAAGAGCGCCAAGGCUGGGAACGGCCGGGAUGGUUCAAUCCCCAAGAAACAGCUCCAGUCCUGGACUACGACUACUACGGGGCCUACGGAAACCAGGCACACAGGAAUUACGCCUACAGCAGGCUGCUGGGGGACGAGUACACUUUCGACUUCCCACCCCACCACCACGUGAUCCGGGAGGAAUGUCUGGCCUGCCGACGGACUGCAGCCCUGUUCAACAUGUCUUACUUUGGCAAGUUCUACCUGCUGGGGGUGGACGCCAGGAAGGCCGCUGACUGGCUCUUCUCAGCAGAUGUCAACCGACCCCCAGGCUCAACGGUGUACACGUGUAUGCUGAACCACCGGGGAGGCACUGAGAGCGAUCUGACCGUCAGCCGCCUGACCCCUGGCACCCAGGAUAGUCCCCUGACCCCUGCCUUUGAAGGGGAUGGCUACUACCUGGCCGUAGGUGGGGCUGUGGCCCAACACAACUGGUCCCACAUAACUACAGUUCUGCAGGAUCAGAAGUUCCGGUGCCAGCUUAUGGAUAGUUCUGAAGAUCUGGGCAUGCUCAGCAUCCAGGGCCCAGCCAGCCGUGCCAUUCUCCAGGAUGUGCUCGACGCUGACCUGAGCAACGAGGCCUUCCCCUUCUCCACCCACCAACUGGUGAGAGCUGCAGGACACCUGGUCCGGGCCAUACGGCUAUCCUUUGUGGGGGAGCUGGGCUGGGAGCUGCAUGUGCCCCGUGCAUCCUGCUUACCAGUGUACCGGGCUGUGAUGGCUGCAGGUGCCAAGCAUGGCCUUGUCAAUGCAGGCUACCGUGCCAUUGACUCCCUGAGCAUCGAGAAAGGCUAUCGGCACUGGCACGCAGACCUGAGGCCUGAUGACAGCCCCCUGGAGGCAGGAUUGGCCUUCACCUGUAAGCUCAAGUCCUCAGUGCCCUUCCUAGGCCGGGAGGCCUUGGAGAAGCAGCGAGCGGCAGGCCUCUACCGACGCCUGGUGUGCCUCACUGUGGAAGAGGCGGUGCCUAUGUUUGGCCUGGAGGCCAUCUGGAGAAACGGCCAAGUGGUGGGCCAUGUUCGGAGGGCUGACUUCGGGUUCACGGUGAACAAAACCAUCGCCUAUGGCUACAUCCGAGACCCCAGUGGUGGGCCGGUCUCUCUGGACUUUGUGAAGAGUGGAGAGUAUGCCUUGGAGAGAAUGGGGGUCACCUAUCCUGCCCAGGUUCACCUGAAGUCUCUCUUUGACCCUGACAACAAGCGGGUGAAGGGCAUCUCCUGACGGGCUGCAGGAUGGAGGCUCCAGCUGCUCAGGCCAUUGGAAACUGCCCACGCUUCCCACACACUGCCUGCCGACUCCUGUGUCCUGAGACCCAGGAUACAGGCAAAACAUAGCCGUCCCCAUCCUUAGCCUCCAUCUGGCCCUGCCCCAUCCUUAGCCUCCAUCUGGUCCUGCCCCAUCCUUAGCCUCCAUCUGGUCCUGCUAAUUAUCCUAGCUCCUAAACAGGACUGAUGGACCACGGAGUUCCUCCUGCUCACAGACCACACAGGGGUCUCCAAUCCACCCUAGUCCUCCCAAAAUGUAUCCUGCAGAUGUCUUAGCUCAAGGUUCCUGUGAAUAUCUCAGAAGAUGUAUGCUAACCCAAGAUAAGAGCCAGAAGGCAGACAGGCAGGCUUCCCCUCUGUUCCUCACCCUGGCUUAUUGGCAAUGUGUAGCCUGAGCCCUUGAAGAAUAGUGAAUCAGGGGACAGUGAGCAGGGAUUGAUGAGCAAUGUCUGCUACGGGUAUAGGAUGCAGAGCACAGAGAUAAUGUGCUGGGCUGGUGCAGUCCUUCCUCAGGAUGGCUGCCUUUCAGACCAGAGAGGAGACGGGUAAUACAAAGCUCUUGCCUUAACUUUUCAGUUCUGCAGGAGAGAAAGCUGUCUGAGAGGCACCCCCUGUGACACGGGAUGGGGUAACAUGGCAUGGGAUUCAGAUCAGAAACCUCCAUUAGCUACACAGAAGUGUUGGCCUCUGCCUCAGUUACCCCUGAAGCCAUUGCUCGUGGGCCCAGGGACUCCAGGCUUCUAUUGUGUAUGGCCCUGCUGGGGCACUCCUUUCCAAAGACUUCUGUCUCUAUCACAGAUUCACCCUGCUCACCCCACCUCUGGUUGGGGGAGUGGCUCCUCUCACGUUGUCCUGUAACCACCUACGCCUGCCUGCACGUCAGGAAUGACCCUGUGUCUUCCCGGGGUGAAUGUCUGUCACUUUUCUAUAGACCCAAUCCUUUCUCCUCUGCCUCACACCCUGACUUGGACAUUAGGAUGCUGUGACCAUGCAGUCUUACAGUUUCUGCCUUGCAUUCCAGGAGAACAGGGGUCAGAUGCUGUGGCAGUACAGAGCUGGGGCCUCCUAACCUAAAGAAAGCAGCAGAGGGGAGAGAUGGGCACAGAUGUCCUGGGUGGGCUCUGAAUCUUCACACCACACACCGAGCUGGAAAAGGUCAAGCUAAUAAAACUGAAGCCAUGGGAA